CGUUCACACUUCUCUUGGUGUUCAAACACAAUAAUAAAUACAAACAGUGACAUUACAAGUCAAAGCAAAUGGGGAGAGAGCUUUGCGAACAGGAAGGAGGUUGACGUGAUUUCCGCAGGCUCAGACCGGGGAAAGUUGUUUCCUGAAGUUGACGUUUCCACCCCAGAGUCCUGCUGCCCGGGCAAAAUGACUGCGACACGUUUCUCGGACUCUUGAGAGACGUCGUUGGUGUUUUUAUUUAUUUAUUUUUUAUUUUUUCUCCGAGAACAUGAGCUCCAAGACUGAAGACGCAGAGGCGAGCCUGCAGGCCCAGCUAGCCGAGUUCCGAGCUCAGGCCGAACACUGGCAGGGCGUGGCGACGAUCUGCGAGCUGAGCAAACAGGAGGAACUGGCAGAGCUUCAAAAACAAUGUGAUCAAGAGAUCCAGUCCCUGCAGGAGGCUCUCAGAGAGACGGCAGCGCAGUAUGAGGCUCGGAUAUCCGUCCUCCAGUCUCAGGCUGGGGAGUGGAGGAGAGCCGGGGGACAGAACGUGAUCAGUGGAAGGAGAGGCAGGACAGCUGCAGAAGUCUCCAGUAAUGACGCCCCCACGUCGACCAGCACCAGCAGCCUGGCGGAGGCCGAGGCCAUGUUGUCGACGGACAGGAGGCACAACCAAUCAGCUGAGCCCGAGGCGGCGGUGGUGGAGGGCGAAGGGACUCCUCCCGCAUCGGAGGCGUAUUUUUCACUGCGGAACUGCGACUCGGCCUCGUUGUCGUCCUUCUCGUUAGACACGCCCUCUCUGCCCAGAAAACUCCACGCUCAGGAGGACACCGACUCUCUGGUCUCCACGGGAACUUUGGUGCCCGAAGCCAUCUACCUGCCGCCGGCCGGACACCGGCUGGUCACGCACGGCGACUGGGAUACACUCAGUGAUCGGGUGUCAGAGCUGCGAGGGCAGGUGUGUCGGCUGCAGGUUGAGAAGGAGGAGCUGGAGAGGGAGCUGGACACACAGACCAACCACACACACAAACAGGUGUCAAUGCUGCAGUGUCAGGUCCACACUUCAGAGGUCCUCCUCCAGGAUUUGCAGAAAUCUUUCAGCCAAUCACAGAAUGCCGUCCAGAGUCGGCUGGCAGAGUUAUCCUUUUCCCAGAGGAAGGUGUGCAGUGAGCUGUCCCGACUGAAAGGAGAGGAGGUUGAGGAUGAGGGACCUGACUCCAGCUCAUCAUUCCCAGCAACACUGCAGGGGGCGCACUGCGAGGAGCGUCUUCGCAUCGAGAUCGUCAACCUGAGGGAGCAGCUGGCCGCCCGGACAGAGGAGGACGAAGUUUUAGAAGUGCAGCUGUCCAGUCUGAAGACGGAGACGGAGAGGAUCCAGAGUCAGAAGGACCAGUUGCAGGCUGAACUGCUGGCCUGCCGCACUGAGCUGGACGCCCUGCGGUUGGCGCUGUCUCAUGUGCAGCGCACCAACAAGACCCUCAGUGCUGACAAAGCAUCCAUGCAUCAACAGUGUCUGGAGCUGCGGAGCCAACUGAUCAGCCUGCGCUCGCAGGUGGACACCAGCCAGACGGUCCAGAUGGACUUCGUCCAGCUGUCCCAGUCGCUGCAGAUGAAGCUGGAGGUAAUUCGGCAGGCUGAGAGCAUCGAACAAGUCAGGGAAAUCCUGGAGGACGGAGUCAGUGAAGCUGGUUCCCUGCCUGCAGACGCUUCGUGAGUUUUAUAUAUAUAUAUAUAUAUAUAUAUACUGGAACCAAAGAGCACGGACCACAAUUCACUUCUCCAAUAAGGACCGACCGACCACAUGAAAUACUGUGGUGACCACUGCGACCACCAGCUGGUGCUGCUAGCACCUCUAACAUGGGAUGCUCCUAAAGAGACAUUGUUUUGGGGAUCGAGGUGACGGUUACCAUGUCGAUGACUGAAACUGUUGCUUUACCCCCAAAACUUAAAUGCUUUUGGGUAAAAAAAGAAGAAAAGUGUUCACAUUACCUUUUUUCUAAAAUCCAGUAACACUUUUAUUCCUCUCCUAACACUCGUAAAUGUAAUCUGUUAAACUGACAUGAAACGCUCCGCAGUCUGUAUUUCACUGUCACUAAUUGAAAUGCAAACAUUUCUUUGUAAAGCAGCGGAUCACAGUGCAAUAAUGAAUAACUGCGGCACAAAGUAGAAACUCAGACGGGGUUGUGAUCGUAUGCAUAAUUGUCGUCUUUUUGUUUUAACUCGGCAUCGUUCACUGAUCUUGUUCGCGUAGCUUUUAAACUCCAAGUUAGUUCACGGUUGUGUAUUUGAACAGACGUGAACUCUAUGAAGAAAUGUGAAUGUGUCCCAUCCCGUCACUUUGUUCUAUGUUCAUACAUUUUAGAAAGGAAAUAUAGGCCGUCACAAUCUUUUCUUCAACCUUUGAGUUCAUAUUCAAACACUAUGAGAAGGUUUCUCAACCAGAGACGCCUGCUAUUCAGAAAGGGUCAAAGGAAAUGAAAAAGACUGAUGUGCAUAUUAUAUUUCUCUAUGCGAUAUACUUUAAUAUACUGUGUGAUUUGAUCAUUUCCAUCCAACCUCAGUUGGAAAUACACGAUCUUGAAAAUACAAAGUACAGCUGCUGCACGAAACCUUUGUUACCUGGAGAGAGAUGAUAGUUUAGUCUUAAGGUAUUAAUACGGGAUUAUACAUCAACGUGUGACUUUAUUGUGAUAACAUCUGCCGCUGUCUCACCUGUGCAGCAACUCUCAUAAACCAAACAGCAUUCGUAAAUGUGUUAUUUUAAUGUUGAUGCAACACUUACUAACCCUUAAUAAUAAUAAUAAUUAUUAUUCCUGUUGUGCUCCAUUGAAUGACAUAACCGUAAUCAGAAAUAGACAUUCAACAUCUAUUAAUACCAUUGUUUACAUAUAAAAAACUUUUGAAAACGACAUCCAAGACUUUCUUGAAUACAUAUCUUUAUUCUUUAAGAAUAGAAUCAACACAAUAUUUUGAAUAACUCACCUACAUAUUAACUUCAGUACAUACACAGCAAAAAAUAUUUUGCAGCUUUCUUUUGGUGUUUUUUCAGAUGGCUUAUUUUGUUUUCUUUUGUUUUCACGCCGCCAAAUGUUUUGAUCACGGCAAGCGGCUGCUGGCUCCUCCAGCGGCAGCGCUCUGCCUUUUCCUCUCCAUCCUCUGCUCUCUCUCUCUCUCUCUGCUUCUGUCGCUCUUUGCCUCUUAGACUUUCCCUGCAGAGCAAAACAAGCGGGUCAGCUGAGCGGUACGGCAGCGUGCCGAGGUUUAUGUUGUGUCGGAAAAUGCUUUGAGAGAAGAGUCCGUGUGUGUGGCAGCUGUCUCUCAUUUGGCCUCGGCUGCUGGUGAUUGGCAAUCAGUCAGCAGCCGAGGCCGCCCUCAUAAAAGCUCCCAGUUGAGAGUGGAGCAGGGCAGAGUGAGCAGGGGCGCAGGUUUGCGGUCUGCUGAGUAUUGUGUAGAUACAAAUAAACAUGGUAUCCAACGAAA